GUAUGAGUGGCAGCUAUUUUUAGCACGACAGUUUGUACUUGCGCACACUCCUCAGCUCAGAUUUCAGCAGAAAUACAUUCCUUUAUCUAACAAUACACCUCUACUUAAUCUUGAAUCCUCCAUAGACAUCAAAUCUCAUAAACUCGAACGAUACUCAAAAGUACCGACGACCUCGGUAGCUGACUCAGCCGCGGCGAUCGCGAUCUGGAUUCAGGAUUCAGUUCAGCCGUGUCAGGCGUCAACUCGAUACUAUCCAUCAUCAUUCUCAGAGAAAGAAUUGAUUAUCCUAUACUCUAUCAACAUGACUUCCAAAAUCACGCUCUACUUUGACAUUGUCAGCCCCUUUGCGUACAUCGCUUUCCACGCGCUGCAAAACUCCCCAGCCUUCCGCAAUUGCACCGUCUCCUAUGUUCCCAUCUUUCUCGGUGGUUUGAUGCAUUCUUGUGGCAAUACGCCGCCUAUUAAGAUCAAAAACAAGGACAUCUGGAUCAACCAAGAGCGCAUCCGAUGGUCUCGCUAUUUCAGAGUUCCGAUGGUCGACCAUUUCCCCCAUGAUUUCCCGCCAGUGACGCUGGGCGUGCAGCGCGCUCUUUGCGCUGUCUCCCAGAGAUACCCGGAGCUACUUGUUCCUGCGAUCGCAAGUUUGUAUUAUGCGUUCUGGGCAGAUGGGAACUCCAAGGUUAUACAGCCGGAGAUUUUUGGUCCGAUUUUGGAGAAGGUGUUGGGGAAGGAGAGGACGCAUGAGAUUGUGAAGGAUUCAAAAACAUCAGACAUCAAGAGCCUAUUGAACGAAAAUACCGACCGCGCGUUCAGGUCUGGUGCUUUCGGCCUUCCUUGGUUCGAAUGCACUAACCCCCAGGGUGAGAUGGAGGGAUUUUGGGGAAUUGACCACUUGGGCCAGGUGGCCGACUUUUGUGAAUUGGAGCGCAGAAUCGAGCCGGGAUUCCGCGCAUUGCUGUAAACGUUGUCACGUUGGGAUUGGAAAUAUGGGAGUUGUUUAUUAUUGAGAUUCGUUGAAUGAUUGAUCUUUCUUGUUGUUCUGUAAAUACCUUAAAUAGCAUUGCAUAUAUCGACUAUCACGUACAGGCAGAGGGGUAUAUGAUAUAAAUUAUUUCCCGCGU